AGGCACAACACAAGCACACAGAAAGAAAAAAAAGAAAAGAAAGGAAGAAGGAAGAGAUGGGCCUACAACUCGAACCCUCCUUCGUCCAAGAAGCAGAGCACCGUCCGGAGCCCACCAUCUCCGACGCCGGAGCCAUCCCCCUCGUCGACCUCUCCUCUCCUCCACCGACCCUCAUCGCGGACAUCGAGGCAGCAUGCAGGGACUGGGGGUUCUUCCAAGUCGUCAGCCACGGCGUCCCGUUGGAGCUCCUCGAGGGAGUUCAGUCGAUGGCGAAGGAGUUCUUCUCUCUUCCCCUCGAGGAGAAGAAAAGGGUCCAGAGGGACGAAGAGAACCCGGUCGGAUACUACGACACGGAGCGUACGCAGGAGGUGAGGGAUUGGAAGGAGGUGUUCGAUUUCACGGUGAAAGAGACCUUCCAUAUCCCGGUCACGGAGGAGGAUGGCAGGGUCAGGUGGCGGGAGGUCAGGAACCAGUGGCCGGAGCAUCCUCCGGGGAUGAGGGAAGCCUGUAAAGAGUACCGAAAAGCCAUGGAAGACCUAUCGUUUAGACUGCUCGAGCUCAUCGCACUGACCUUAAAGCUCCCACCCAACCGAUUUAAUGAAUUCUUCAAAGACACAACCAGCUUCAUCCGCCUCAACCACUAUCCUCCAUGCCCAUCUCCUGACCUCGCUUUGGGCGUUGGCCGUCACAAGGACGCAGGAGCCCUGACGGUCCUAGCACAGGAUGAUGUAGAGGGCCUUGAUGUUAAGAGGAAGUCAGAUGGAAAGUGGGUUCGUGUCAAACCUAUACCAAACUCAUACAUCAUCAACAUCGGCGAUAUGGUUCAGGUCUGGAGCAACGAUAAGUAUGAGAGCCCAGAGCACAGGGUGUCGGUGAAUUCAGAGAAGGAGAGAUUCUCGAUCCCGUUCUUCUUCAACCCUGCAUACUACACCAACAUAAAACCUUUGGAUGAUCUGAUCACGGAGGAGAAUCCUGCAAGGUAUGAUGAGUUCAACUGGGGAGAGUUCUUUAUGGGAAGGAGUAACAGCAACUUCAAGAAGCUGGGAGUUGAAAAUACUCAGAUUCAUCAUUUCAAAAAGAAAGUGUGACAAUAUGGGUACCAUAUUGUAUUGUAUGAUUGAAAUGUUGUAUAGUGUGAUUAGCGUAUGAUAUUGUAGUGUUUGAUCGACUUAUGAUAUUGUGUUGAUCGAUAUUGGUUGUGUGAGCGUCCGUGUAAAAUAAACAUGUAGCAAGUAGCUAUGCGGAAGAUAUUUUAUAAUCUCAGAUGGAUAUAGCAGUUGCA